CUCCAAUGAAGGCGCCCUGGGUUUUGGGGAGGAAGGCUGCGCGCACGUGACAGGGCGCAGCGUCGUGCGGAUCCUUAACCACGCCGCGCGCGCGACGCCCAGCAGAAACUCCCGCGAGCUCGAGGAGACACCAGCAGAACAGCGCGUAUCUUCCCGGCCGACUCGCCAACCGGAUCCUACCGCCGAACGCUAUGGAGGGGUACGCGCUGCCCGAGGACGCGCCUUUCUCCGCGCACGACCAGUGUGCUGCCUUGGUUGGGGAAGACCAGCCCCUCUGUCCGGACCUGCCGGAACUGGACCUCUCGGAGUUGGAUGUCAGCGACCUGGAUGCGGAUGAUUUCCUGGGUGGACUCAAGUGGUACAGCGACCAGUCAGAAAUAAUUUCCAAUCAGUACGCCAAUGAAUCGACGAACUUGUUUGAGAAAAUAGAUGAGGAGAGCGAGGCCACUCUGCUGGCAGUCCUUACCGAGUCCCUGGACAGCAUCCCGGUGGACGAGGACGGACUGCCUUCUUUUGAGGCUCUGACGGAAGGAGACGCCGGCAGUACCAGUGAGCAGAGCUGCCGCUCUGCCCCCGACGAGUCCCCCCCAGCCUCGGAGGCAGAGGAGCCAUCCCUACUGAAGAAGCUCCUACUGGCCCCUGCGAACGUGCAGCUCAGCUACAGCCAGUAUACAGGCGGUGAUGUGCAGACCCGCGUGGCCACCAACCAACGCAUCCGGCCUGGAGCUGUCGUCACCAAGAUGGAGAGCUCUUUGAAUGGCAAGCCGAGAGGUGCCCCCCCUCCGUUGGGCAGAACCACGCGACGCCCAUGUUCCGAGCUGCUCAAGUACCUCACGGCCAGUGACGACACACUCCACACCAAAGUGCAGAGGGGCAGUAGAAGCAGGGCUGGCGAUGCUUCCUCUUCCUCACCCUCCUCCUCCUCCAGCUCUUCUCUUUCCUCUUUUGCAUCCUCCUCAUCAUCAGCAUCAUCAUUGUAUAAAAAGAAGUCUUCACAGUCGUCAUCGUCCUUGUCUUCAUCGUCACAGCAACAUGAGCAGAGGCAACAUCAGCAGCAGCAGCAGCAGCAGCAGCAUCAGGAACAUCAACCUCAGCAUCAUCAUUACCAUCAUCAGGAGCAUUAUCAUCGUCAUCAUUAUCAGCAGCAGCACCAGCCAGGUGAAAGUAAGGCUGCUGGCGAGGGUGGCGUGGCUGAUGAGUGUGCUGGGAGGCGGAGGCGUCGCGCUCACGGGGCUGACUCUACGGGACAGUCCAAACCAACGCCACCGGCUUUUAUUGCCCCGACCUUCCCUGAACUGGAAUGCAGGCCACCCAGAGAAGAUGGGGGCUUGCCAGCAAAACCAACCACCUUGCCAUUGCCUUUGACCCCAGAGUCUCCAAAUGACCACAAGGAAUCCCCCUUUGAGAACAAAACCAUCGACCGAGCACUGAGUGUGGAGCUGUCUGGAACUCCAGGUCUGACACCACCUACGACACCCCCCCAUAAAGUGAGCCAAGAGAAUCCCUUCAAAGCUUCGGUGAAGAGCCAGCUGUCCUCGUGCGCUUCUGCUGCCCUGGUGGGCACGGGGGCCCACUGCAGCGGCCCAGCCCCCUGCUUCUUGGCUGUGGGUCCUGUGAGAAAAGGCCCAGAGGAGACAGAGCUCUUUGCCCAGCUCUGCAAGGUGCCGGCCCUUCCUCUUACUGUGGGGGAGGAGCGCAGGGGCAAGCGUCCCGCGCCCCGCCUCUUUGGUGACCAUGACUACUGCCAGUUUGCCAGCGCCAAGCGGAACCACCCGCUCUGCUUGGGUCUAAUGGACAGCAGCUUUUUGGGGUGGAGGGACUCGUUCGGGCUGCCGUCCCCCGUUUCCACCUCCUCCUUCUCGGCAGGGCAGCUACCGACGUUGACCUCCGUAGACCAGGCUCUGCCUCUUGGUGAGGUGGGCAUGCAGUUCGAACAGCCCUCCCAUGUCAGGUUAGCAAUGGCCAGCAGGAAACCGCUCCAGGACAAAGACAUCAGGGCGGAACUGAACAAGCACUUUGGUCACCCCAAACAAGCCAUUUACAGUGAUGGAGCGAAGGCCGUCCCCCUGGUGCCAGAGAACGGGUGCUCGGGCGAGGAGGACUACAAUGAUAUACCAGACAGCGCGUGGCCCGGCCUGCCCCUUGAGGGUGUCUGGGAUGACAGCGAGGAGGAAACCGAGCGCCUCUUCUACCCCUGGGAGGGCUCACAGCUGGACCCAUUGUUUGGAGAUUCCCCUUCAGGCUCUCCUUCCAGCUGCUCUCCCUCGCGGAGCUCCGUCUCUCCUUCUGUUGCCCGAGCUUCCCCAUCACGCUCCUGCUGGCCCAGGUCUGCCUCGCCAUCGCAGUCGCGAUCUCGCUCCAGCUCGGCUUCCCAUGUUCCCCGGCGACAUUCCCGCUCGAGGUCCAGGUCGCCCCGCAGCUGCUCCUCCACACGGACGCGCCACUUUGGGGAUUCCGGUUCCUACAAGGCGAGGACUCCGAGAAGCCCACACACGCAGUGCCAUUCCUCGUCCAGAUCCCCUCCCACUCGGAGGCCGAGGUACGACAGCUAUGAGGAAUACCAGGACGAGCGACUGAAGAAAGAAGAGCACGGGCAGAGCUGCGAGAAGCAGGAGGGCGAAACGGCCGAGCAGAGGGAGAAGCAGAGGCAGAAAGCAAUCGAGGAGAGGCGCGUGGUGUACGUGGGGAGACUCCGGUCGGACAUCACCUGGGCGGAGCUCAAGCGCCGCUUUGAAGUCUUUGGCGAAAUGGAGGAGUGCACCGUCAACUUGAGAGAGGACGGGGACAAUUUUGGCUUCAUCACCUACCGCUACACUUGCGAUGCCGUGGCAGCCCUUGAAAACGGACACACCCUGCGCAGAUCUAAGGAGCCUCAUUUUGAGCUGUGCUUCGGCGGACAAAAGCACUUCUGCAAAGAAAAUUACACAGACCUGGAUGCCCACUGCGAAGACUUUGACCCGGCGUCCGCUAAGAGCAAGUAUGACACCAUGGACUUCGACAGCUUACUGCAGGAAGCGCAGAGCAGCCUGAGAAGGUAACAUGUGACAUUCAGAUCACAUGGGAAAGAGAGGGAAGAGAAAACCCAUAUAUAAAACAAAGUUUACAUGAACUCAGCUGCUGAAGAGUCAAGAAGCAAUGUUAUCAACUGGCAAACUGAUAGAUUUAUUGCACAUAUGAACGUACAGGCCUGAUCUCUUAUAGAAGGAACAUAAUCAAAAUGCUAAUCAUGUUUGUUCCAAAAAAAUGACAUGCAGCU